AUGUUAAAAUUAUUACGUAAUAAUGGAAUAAAUAAAUUAAAAUCUAAUUUAAUUAGAAAUUAUUCAACAAAACAAUCAAUAUUUCAAGCAUUAGAUACAUUUCCAAAAAGACAUAUUGGACCAAAUGAAAAUGAAAUUAAUGAAAUGUUAAAAAGUAUUAAUACAUCAAAACUUUCAAAAAAGAAUCCAAAUAGUUUAGAACAAUUGAUCGAAUAUACAAUUCCAAAGGAUAUUAGAUUAAAUAGAGAAUUAAAUAUUGAAGAGAAUAAAGUUAUUGGUGAGAAUCAAUUAUUAAAGGAUUUAAAAAAGAUUGCAGAAAAGAAUAAAGUUUAUAGAUCAUUCAUUGGCAUGGGUUAUUAUGGAACAAUUACACCACAUGUAAUUCAACGUAACAUUUUAGAGAAUCCAGGUUGGUAUACACCAUACACACCAUAUCAAGCAGAGAUUAGUCAAGGUCGUUUGGAGAGUUUAUUGAAUUUCCAAACUAUGGUAUCAGAGUUUACAGGUUUACCAAUGUCAAAUGCAUCAUUAUUGGAUGAAGCAACCGCUGCUGCAGAGGCAAUGCAAAUGUGUGUAAACAUUUCAAAGAGUAAAGGACCAUUUGCUUUCUUGGUCGAUAAAUAUUGUCAUCCACAAACAAUUGAUACCAUUAAAACUAGAGCAGAACCAAAGGGUAUUCGUAUUGAAGUAGUCGAUUCAAAGGAUUUCAAAUUCACAGAGGAUGUAGUUGGUUGUAUCGUUCAAUAUCCAUCAAGCAAUGGUGUCAUUACCGAUUAUAAGGAGAUGGCAGAUCGUGCUCAUCAAGCCAAUGCAUUGGUUGUAGCUGCCACUGAUUUACUCUCAUUGGCAUUAUUGAAACCACCAGGUGAAUGGGGAGCUGAUAUUGCCUUGGGUAAUAGUCAAAGAUUUGGUGUACCAUUAGGUUUUGGUGGUCCACAUGCUGCUUUCUUUUCAACUAAAGAUAAGUAUGCUCGUUUACUUCCAGGUAGAAUCAUUGGUGUAAGUAAAGAUAAACAAGGUAAUUCAGCAUUCCGUAUGGCAUUACAAACUCGUGAACAACAUAUUCGUCGUGAAAAAGCAACAUCAAACAUUUGUACCUCUCAAGCACUCUUGGCUAAUAUGUCUGCAAUGUAUGCAGUUUAUCAUGGUCAACAAGGUAUUAAAGAUAUUGCCAAUGCAGUUCAUAGAAAAGCUAUCAUCCUCGCUGAAGGUAUUAAAAGAUUGGGUUAUACAGUUUUGGAUCGUCCAUUCUUUGAUACAGUUUUAAUUAUCACUGGUGAUAAGACCGAUAUGAUGAUUAAAGAAUUGGAAUCACGUCAAAUUAAUGUUCGUCAAUAUUGUAGUAAAUCAAUUUCAAUCUCAUUGGAUGAAACUGUUACCUCUGCUGAUAUCAGUGCAUUAUUGAAUGGAUUUUCAGCUCACGCAUCAAAACCAUUGGGUUUAUCAUCACCAGAACAAUUGGAAAAAGAAACCUCUACAAUCUCUGUUAUUUCAGAAGAAUUUGCUCGUCAAACACCAUUCCUUACUCAUCCAAUCUUUAAUAGAUAUCAUUCAGAACAUGAACUUCUUCGUUAUAUUCAUAAACUUCAAAAGAAGGAUUUAGGUUUAACCACAGCAAUGAUUCCAUUGGGUAGUUGUACAAUGAAAUUAAAUGCUACCACUGAAAUGUAUCCAGUUUCAUGGCCAGAAUUUAAUUCAAUUCAUCCAUUUGUACCAGCUAAUCAAUCACUUGGUUAUAAGGAAAUGUUUGAAUCAAUCUCAAAUAUGUUAUGUGAAGUCACUGGUUUCGAUGGUUGUUCUUUACAACCAAAUGCUGGUUCACAAGGUGAAUAUGCUGGUUUAAUGGUAAUUCGUUCUUAUUUAACUUCAAUUGGUCAAAGUCAAAGAAAUGUUUGUCUCAUUCCAGUCUCUGCUCAUGGUACUAAUCCAGCAAGUGCUGCAAUGGUUGGUAUGAAAGUUGUUGUUGUAGAUUGUGAUACCAAUGGUAAUAUCGAUGUUGCCGAUCUUAAAGCUAAAGCUGAAAAACAUAAAGAUACAUUGGCUGCUCUUAUGAUCACUUAUCCAUCCACUCAUGGUGUAUUUGAAGAGGGUGCCAAUGAUAUUUGUGAUAUCAUUCAUGCCAAUGGUGGUCAAGUCUAUAUGGAUGGUGCAAAUAUGAACGCUCAAGUUGGUCUUUGUCGUCCAGGUGAUAUUGGUGCCGAUGUUUGUCAUUUAAAUCUUCAUAAAACUUUUUGUAUUCCACAUGGUGGUGGUGGUCCAGGUAUGGGUCCAAUUUGCGUUAAAUCCCAUCUCGCUCCAUUCCUUCCAGGUCAUUCCGUUGUAAAGGGUGUAGGUGGUGAACGUGCAAUGAGUGCAGUUUCUGCUGGUCCAUGGGGUUCAAGUUCAAUCCUUCCAAUCACUUAUGUUUACUUGAAAUUAAUGGGUGGUCAAGGUUUGAAAAAAGCAACCCAAGUCGCCAUUCUCAAUGCAAACUAUAUGGCAAGUAGAUUAAAGGAUCACUAUAAAAUUCUUUACACUGGUUCCCAUGGUUUGGUAGCUCAUGAAUUCAUUAUUGAUCUUAGAAUGUUUAAGGAAUCUGCUGGUAUCGAAGCUGAAGAUGUAGCUAAACGUCUUCAAGAUAUGAAUUUCCAUGGUCCAACCAUGUCUUGGCCAGUACCAAAUACUCUUAUGAUUGAACCAACCGAAUCUGAAUCAAAAUAUGAAUUGGAUCGUCUUUGUGAUGCUCUCAUUUUAAUUCGUGAGGAAAUUAGAGAGAUUGAAACUGGUAAAGCCGACAGAAAAAAUAAUGUUCUCGUUAAUUCUCCACACACUGAAAAAGUUAUUGUCGCUGAUAAUUGGAAUUAUCCAUACUCUCGUUCUAAAGCUGCUUUCCCAACUCCUGCAACUGUUGCCUCAAAAUUCUGGCCAACCGUUGGUAGAAUUGAUAACGUUCAUGGUGAUAAAAAUUUAGUUUGUUCUUGCCCACCACUUUCUGAUUAUCAAUAA